AUGGGUAACACUGGAAAAGACUCGAUUGAGGAGAAGACUAGUCAUGUCAUUGGCGCCAACCGACCAGACUUCACUGCCGGUCGCCGUUCUGGCAAAGAGAAGACCAGUAGAGGAAGCGUUCAGCAGAUUGAGAAUGCCGGUGUGAUGGAAGAGGAUUCUCAUCCUGCCAAGAAACGAGGAUGCUUUGCGAGAUUCUGGGCUCACUAUAAGCGGCAUUGGUGCUUAUAUGGCCUUGGUGGUGUUAUCUUUUUGGCAAUCUUCCUCCCAAUAUUUUUCCUAAUCGUGUUCCCUGCGAUUGCCCAGAGGAUGGUCGACGAUGCUUCUCUCCCCAUUUACUCAGCGAGCAUCACCAAUCCAACUCCAGAUAGCGUUCAGUAUUCCCUCUUCGCUGGCUUGAAUGUUCCGAAACCAUUCUCAGUCAAGCUCAAACCCAUUGCGCUCAACUUGCUGGUGGAUCAAAAUCCACCAAACCGCAAUCCGUAUAUCACAGUCCAGCUACCAGAACAAAAUCUGAAGGGUAAUGCAACUAUAACCGUCACAAACCAGACAACCAAUAUUCUAGACAAAGAAAUAUUCGGAACCUUUUUGCACAGUGCGGUUUAUCAAGAAACCUUCAUUCUAUCAGCUUCAGGCGCAACAGAUGCUUAUGUGGGCAAACUCAAGGCACAUAUCAGCCUCGACAAAAAGGUGGAACUAAAAGGUCUUAACAAGUUGAAGGGCUUUGGCAUUGCGAGUGCUCGUGCUGUCUUACCUGCUGAGGCAGACGGAACAAACCUUAUUGCCGAACUAACCAUUCCUAACGCAUCUCUGGUGUCUUUUGAACUUGGGAAUGUGACACUGAACAUUAUCGUUGGCGGGAUUCUCCUUGGAAACGCCACGAUGAAAAAUGUUUACCUUGUUCCUGGAAACAACACUGUUUCAGCUCGGGGAGUAGUCAAUCUCAAGACGGCUAUUAUGAAUCUACCUGCGAUUCUGUCAUCCCAGGUGGGCGCUCUCACAAGCGGAAACAUCGAAAUGUCGGCGUCAGGAAACUCGACCAUCUACAAUGGUCACCACAUCGACUAUUACGAGAAGGUUUUGAAUGCACUCGUGUUGACCACACAGUUUCCAUUGUUGUCCAUUCUAAUGGACAGCUUGACAGGAGUGUUAGGUGGCAACGGUGGCACAGCCAUACCUUUUGCAUCUGGGUACAAUGUGACCAAUAUCAUUCCGCUCCUGCAGAAUCUGACCGCGAUAGCCGGGUUCUAA